AUGCGGCUGCGACUCCUGGUGGCCGCGCUCUGCUCCUGGGUGCUGGCAGGGGCGCCCAGGGUGCGGGCCCAGAACCGGGAGAGAGUGACCUGCACGCGUCUGUACUCGGCUGACAUCGUGUUCCUUCUCGAUGGCUCCUCGUCCAUCGGCCGCAGCAACUUCCGAGAGAUCCGGGGCUUCCUGGAGGGCCUGGUGCUGCCGUUCUCUGGGGCUGCGGGCGCGCAGGGCGUGCGCUUUGCAGUCGUGCAGUACAGUGAUGACCCACAGACAGAGUUUGGCCUGGACGCGUUCAGCUCGGGGGCGGAUACAAUACGGGCUAUCCGUGAGCUCUCUUACAAGGGGGGCAACACCCGCACUGGAGCCGCGAUCCUCCAUGUGGCCGACCACAUCUUCCUGCCCCAGCUGGCUCGGCCCGGCGUCUCCAAGGUCUGCAUCCUCAUCACAGAUGGGAAGUCCCAGGACCUGGUGGACACCGCGGCCCAGAGGCUGAAGGGGCAGGGCGUCAAGCUGUUUGCUGUCGGGAUCAAGAACGCCGAUCCGGAGGAGCUGAAGCGGGUUGCCUCCCAGCCCACCAGCGAUUUCUUCUUCUUCGUCAAUGACUUCAGCAUCUUAAGGACCUUGCUGCCCCUUGUCUCCCGUCGUGUCUGCACGACGGCGGGCGGUGUGCCUGUGACCCUGCCUUCUGAUGACGUGCCCUCUGGCCCACGGGAACUGGUGCUGUUGGAGGCGGGCAGUCAAUUUCUCCGAGUACAGUGGACGGUGGCCAGCGGCCCUGUGACUGGCUACAAGGUCCAGUACGCUCCUUUGACCGGACUGGGGCAGCCAUUGCCGGGCGAGCGGCGAGAGGUGAGCGUCCCAGCAGAUGAGACCAGCAUCCGGCUACAGGGCCUCCGGCCGCAGACCGAAUACCAGGUCACCGUGGUUGCUCUCUACGCCAACAGCAUUGGGGAGGCCGUGAGCAUGACAGCUCGGACCACUGCCCUGGAGGGGCCGCAGCUGACCAUCCAGAACACCACAACCCACAGCCUCCUGGUGGCCUGGGGGCCUGUCCCGGGUGCCACUGGCUACCGAGUGAGCUGGCGGGACCUUAGCGGUGGGGCUGCCGAGCACCAGGAGCUGAGUGGGGGGCAGCGGUCAGUGUUGCUGAGGGGCCUGAAGCCUGGCACAGAGUAUGAGGUGACCGUGAGCGCACUGCUUGGCCGCACAGUGGGGCCUGCCACCACCCUCACUGCCCGCACCGACACCUCCAUCGAGCAGACUCUGUAUCCGGUCAUUCUGGGACCCACGUCCAUCCUGCUGUCCUGGAAACUGGUGCCGGAGGCCCGAGGCUAUCGGCUGGAGUGGAGGCGGGGCCUCAGCUGACCUGACUGCGCCGGCCCUCUAGGUUUAGAGCCGCCCAAUAAGGUGGGGCUUCCUGCUGACGUGAGCAGCUACAAGCUGGAGGGGCUGCAGCCGGGCACGGAGUACCGCCUCACGCUCUACACCCUGCUGGAGGGCCGAGAGGUGGCCACGCCCGCGGCUGUGGUCCCCACUGGUGAGGAGCUGCCCGUGGGCCCGGUGACAGACCUACAAGCGAUCGAGUUGCCUGGGCAACGAGUGCGGGUGUCUUGGAGUCCUGUGCCCGGGGCCACCGAGUACCGGAUCACUGUGCGCAGCAUCCAGGGGGUUGAGAGGACACUGGUGCUUCCCCGGAGUCAGACGAACUUCGACUUGGAUGACGUCCGGGCGGGGCUCAGCUAUACCGUGCGGGUGUCUGCUCGAGUGGGCACCCGAGAGGGUGAUGCCAGUGUCCUCACUGUGCGCCGCGAGCCCGAGACCACGCUUGCCGUCCCAGGGCUGCGGGUUGUGGCGUCAGAUGCCACACGAGUGAGGGUGGCCUGGGGACCUGUGCCAGGAGCCAGUGGAUUUCGAGUCAGCUGGAGGACCGGCAGUGAUCAGACGUACAGCCAGAUACUGUCAGCAGACUCUACCAUCACAGACAUCACAGGGCUACGGCCUGGGACCUCCUACCAAGUGGCCGUGUCGGCUCUGCGUGGGAGAGAAGAAGGCUCCCCAGUGACCAUUGUGGCUCAAACUGAACCACUGGGCCCAGUAAGGACCAUCCACGUGACUCAGACAGGCAGCUCAUCUGUCACCAUCAACUGGACCAGAGUUCCUGGGGCCACUGGAUACCGGAUCUCCUGGCGCUCAGGGCAUGGUCCUGAGAGGUCCCAGUUGGUCUCCGGGGAAGACACGGUGGCCGAGCUGGACGGGCUGAAGCCAGACAGCGAGUACACAGUGCAUGUGCGGGCCCACGUGGCUGGCGUGGAUGGGGCUCCUGCCUCUGUGGUUGUUAGGACCGCCCCUGAACCCGUGGGCAGGGUCUCCAACCUGCAGAUCCUCAACGCGUCCAGUGACGUCUUGCGGGUCACCUGGGUGGGCGUCGACGGAGCCACACACUACAGACUGUCCUGGGGCCGGAGUGAGGGUGGCCCCACGCAAGAGCAGCUACUGCCGGGAAACGUGGACUCUGCGGAGAUCCGGGGCCUGGAAGGCGGCGUCAGCUACUCGGUGCGCGUAACUGCGCUGGUUGGGGAUCGCGAGGGCGCGCCCGUCUCCGUCGUCGUCACCACACCCCCUGAGGCGCCCCCCGCCCUGAGGACCCUGUGGGUCGUGCAGCGCGGAGAGCACUCUUUGAGGCUGCGCUGGGAGCCGGUGCCUGGGGCUCUCGGCUACCUCCUGCGCUGGGGACCUGAGGGUGGCCAGCAGCAGGUCCAGCAGCUGGGCCCUGAGUCCAGCAGCUACCACUUGGAUGGACUGGAACCAGGGACACUGUACCAUGUGUGGCUAAGCGUCCUGGGGCCAGCUGGAGAAGGGCCCCCCACUGAGGUGACUGCGCACACUGAGUUACCUCAAGUCCCAAGGACUGACCUGCGGGUGGUGGGAGCCUCAAUAGACUCCGUGACCCUGGCCUGGACCCCGGUGUCCAGGGCAUCCAGCUACAUUUUGUCCUGGCGACCACUCAGAGACCUUGGUCAAGAGGUGCCCGGGACCCCGCAGACACUGCCGGGAGUCUCAAACUCCCAGCGGGUGACUGGCCUGGAGCCUGGUGUCUCCUACGUCUUCUCCCUGACACCCAUCCAGGACGGCGUGCGGGGCCCAGAGGCCUCUGUCACACACCACCCAGGGUGCCCCCAGGGCUUCAUGGACGUGGUGUUCGUGGUGCAUGCCACUCGGGACAAUGCUCACCGCUCGGAGGCCAUCAAGAGGGCUCUGGAGCGUCUGGUGUCUGCACUCGGGCCCCUGGGGCCUCAGGCGGUCCAGGUUGGCCUCCUGUCCUAUAGUCACCGGCCUUCCCCACUGUUCCCGCUGAACGGUUCCCAUGAUCUUGGAACCAUCUUGCAGAAGAUCCGUGACAUCCCCUAUGUAGACCCCAGCGGGAACAAUCUGGGCGCCACCGUGGUGACAACUCAGAGGCACCUGUUGGCACCGGACGCUCCCGGGCGCCGCCGGCAUGCCCCUGGGGUGAUGGUUCUGCUGGUGGAUGAACCCCUGAGAGGCGACAUCUUUGGUCCCAUCCGUGAGGCCCAGGCUGCUGGGCUCAGCGUGAUGAUCCUGGGCCUGGCAGGAGCUGACCCUGAGCAGCUGCGUCGCUUGGUGCCAGCCACGGACCCUGCACAGACUUUCUUUGCUGUGGAUGAUGGCCCGAGUCUGGACCGGGCUGUCAGUGGGCUGGCAGCAGCCCUGUGCCAGGCAGCAUCAGGCACACAGCCACAGCCAGGACCUUGCACGGUUCAGUGUCCCAAGGGCCAGAAGGGCGAGCCUGGUGAGAUUGGCCUGACAGGACACGCUGGGUCCCCUGGUCUCCCGGGCAGGGCUGGUGCCCCAGGGCCCCGGGGACCCCCCGGAAGCACCAUUGCACAAGGAGAGAGGGGCCUCCCUGGAGUGGAUGGGCCUCCAGGCAGCCCUGGCCGCGCUGGGCCUCCCGGGACCCCAGGCCCAAAGGGUUCCCCAGGGUGGCCUGGCCCUCGCGGAGAGACGGGAGAUCGAGGGCCCCGAGGCCCGAAAGGGGAGCCGGGGGAGCCUGGACGUGUGACUGGAGGCGAGGGCCCGGGGCUUCCUGGACAGAAAGGAGACCUCGGCCUACCGGGUCCCCCUGGACCUCGAGGCCCAUUGGGGGAUCCGGGCCCCCGUGGGCCCCCAGGACUUCCUGGGACAUCAUUGAAGGGGGACAAAGGUGAUCGUGGGGAACGGGGGCCUCCUGGACCAGGGCAUGGUGGCACUGCUAUAGGGGAUCCGGGACUGCCGGGCCUCCCUGGAAGCCCUGGACCUCAAGGCCCAGCGGGCCCCUCUGGAGAGAAAGGAGAGAAGGGGGACUGUGAGGACGGGGCCCCAGGCCUCCCAGGACAACCUGGAACCCCAGGUCAGCGGGGCCCACGAGGACCUCCUGGAGAUGUGGGCCCCAAAGGUGAUCAGGGGCUGACAGGGGACGUGGGUGAAUCCGGAGAAAAGGGUGAACGCGGAUCCCCUGGACCAGUGGGGCCCCAGGGGCUGCCGGGGGCUGCAGGGCGGCCCGGACCAGAGGGUCCUGAGGGCCUACCAGGACCUAUUGGCCGCCGAGGAGAGAAGGGGGAGCCUGGUCCCCCUGGGGACCCUGCAGUGUUGGGGCCUACGGGUGCUGGAGCCAAAGGGGAGAAGGGAGAAGUGGGGCCCAUUGGGCUCAGAGGACCUGCUGGAGUCAAAGGGGAGCGGGGACCACCAGGGUUGGUUCUUCCUGGAGACCCUGGCCCCAAGGGGGACCCUGGAGACCGGGGUCCCAUCGGCCUCACCGGGAGAGCAGGGCCCCCGGGUGACUCGGGGCCUUCUGGAGAGAAGGGAGACCCUGGGCGGACUGGGUCCCCUGGACCUGUUGGCCCCCGAGGACGAGAUGGCGAAGUUGGAGAGAAAGGUGACGAGGGCCCUCAGGGGGACCCGGGCUUGCCAGGAAAAGCCGGAGAGCGUGGCCUUCGGGGGAUCCCCGGAGUGAGGGGGCCUGCAGGGGAUAAAGGGGACCAGGGAGAUCCUGGAGAGGAUGGACGGAAUGGCAGCCCUGGACCUUCUGGACCCAAGGGAGACCGCGGGGAGCCAGGUCCCCCAGGACCCCCUGGACAUCUGGUAGACACAGGGCCUGGAGCCAGAGAGAAGGGAGAGCCUGGAGACCCUGGACAGGAGGGUCCUCGAGGACCCAAGGGUGACCCCGGACCCCCGGGGGCCCCUGGGGAAAGGGGCGUCAGUGGACUUCGGGGGCUCCUGGGCCCACAGGGCGACCCAGGGGUCCGCGGCCCAGCGGGUGAAAAGGGGGACCGGGGCCCUCCUGGGCUGGAUGGCCGCAGUGGGCUCGAUGGGAAACCCGGAGCCGCUGGCCCGCCCGGGCAGCACGGAAUCGCGGGCAAAGCUGGGGACCCAGGAAGAGAUGGGCUUCCGGGCCUCCGAGGAGAGCAGGGGCCACUUGGCCCCCCUGGACCUCCUGGAGCACAGGGAAAAGCAGGCGAGGAUGGCAAGCCUGGCCUGAAUGGGAAAAACGGAGAAGCCGGGGACCCUGGAGAAGAUGGGAGGAAGGGAGAGAAAGGCGAUUCAGGUGCCCCAGGGAGAGAUGGUUACGAAGGCCCCAAAGGUGAGCGUGGAGCUCCGGGUAGCCCUGGACUCCAGGGCGCCCCAGGCCUCCCAGGGCAGGUUGGCCCCCCUGGCCAGGGUUUCCCCGGCGUCCCAGGAAACUCGGGCCCCAAGGGUGACCGUGGGGAGAGUGGCCCCAAAGGAGAACAGGGCCUCCCUGGAGAGCGUGGCCUGAGGGGAGAACCUGGAAGCUUGGGGAAUGUGGAGCGAUCAUUGGAGGCCGUUGGCAUCAAGGUGUCUGCUCUGCGAGAGAUCGUGGACAUCUGGGACGAGAGCUCCGGCAGCUUCCCAUCUGGGGUUGAGCGGCGGCGUGGCCCCAAGGGGGAGCCAGGAGAUCGGGGGCCCCUGGGCAAGGAGGGCCCCAUAGGCUUUCCUGGAGAGCGAGGCAUGAAGGGUGAUCGUGGAGACCCUGGUCCUCAGGGACCACCAGGUCUGGCUCUUGGGGAAAGGGGCUCCCCUGGGCCUGCUGGCCUUGCAGGGGAACCUGGAAAGCCUGGGAUUCCUGGAGUUCCUGGCCGGGCUGGAAGUUCGGGGGAAGCAGGCCGGCCAGGAGAGAGGGGCGAGCGUGGAGAGAAAGGUGAACGUGGAGAGCAGGGCAGAGACGGCCCUCCUGGCCCUCCUGGGCCCCCCGGCCCCAAGGUGGCGGUGGACAAACCCGGCCCUGGACUCCUUGGACAACAAGGGCCCCCUGGCCUCAAAGGCACUAAGGGGGAGCCAGGCAACGAUGGUGACCGAGGCACCAAAGGAGACAGGGGUGUCCCGGGCACCAAGGGAGAUCGGGGAGAGCUUGGAGAGAGGGGUCACCCUGGCAGCCCGGGUGUCCCAGGAGAGCGCGGCGUGGCUGGGCCUGAAGGGAAGCCGGGCCUGCAGGGUGAGAGGGGAGCACCUGGCCCUAUGGGUGGCCAUGGAGACCCCGGCCCACCUGGUGCUCCAGGUCUCGCUGGGCCUGCUGGCCCCCAGGGACCUUCUGGGCUGAAGGGGGAGCCCGGAGAGACAGGACCACCAGGACGGGGCCUCCCUGGACCUACUGGGGCUGUGGGACUGCCAGGACCCCCCGGCUCCUCAGGCCUGGUGGGCCCGCAGGGGGCACCAGGCUUGCCCGGACAAGUGGGGGAGACGGGGAAGCCCGGAGCCCCAGGGCGAGAUGGCACCAGUGGAAAGGACGGUGAGAGAGGAGCCCCUGGUGUGCAGGGAACACCAGGCCUGCCAGGCCCUGUUGGACCCAAAGGAGAGCCUGGACCCAUGGGGCCCCCUGGACAGGAGGUGGUUGGACUCCCUGGAGCAAAAGGAGAGAAGGGAGCCCCCGGAGGACUUGCUGGAGACCUGGUGGGCGAGCCGGGACCCAAAGGCGACCGAGGACUACCAGGGCCUCGGGGGGAGAAGGGUGACACCGGACGUGCAGGGGAGCCUGGAGAUCCUGGGGAAGAUGGUCAGAAGGGAGCCCCAGGACUGAAAGGUUACAAGGGUGACCCAGGUGUCGGCAUGCAGGGUGCUCCUGGGCCGAUUGGUGCUCCCGGUAUGAAGGGAGACUUGGGCCUCCCCGGCCCCCCCGGCCCUCCUGGUGUCGUGGGGUUCCCUGGUCAGACAGGCCUUCGAGGAGAGACAGGCCAGCCAGGUCUUAGCGGAGAGCGGGGGCUGGCAGGCACCCCGGGAAGAGAAGGAGCCCCAGGCCCUGUGGGGCCCCCUGGCCCCCCGGGCUCAGUGGGAGCACCAGGGGCCUCUGGAUUCAAAGGAGACAAGGGAGACCCUGGAGCAGGACUGCCGGGAGCCCGGGGAGAGCGAGGGGAGCCAGGCGUCCGGGGUGAAGACGGCCGGCCCGGUCAGGAGGGCCCUCGAGGACUCGUGGGCCCCCCAGGCAGCCGUGGGGAGCGUGGGGAGAAGGGCGAUGCUGGCUCUGCGGGCUUAAAGGGCGACAAGGGCGACUCCGCCGUGAUCGUGGGGCCUCCGGGGCCACAAGGUGCCAAGGGAGACACAGGCGAACGAGGGCCUCGGGGCAUAGAUGGCGACAAAGGACCUCGGGGAGACAUCGGGAUCCCUGGAGAGAAGGGCACCAAGGGGGAAUCUGGGGACAAGGGCUCUGCUGGGUCGCUGGGAGUUCGUGGACCCGUGGGACCCAAGGGAGAACCCGGUGCUGAAGGGAUCCCUGGUGACCUGGGACCCCCAGGGAAAGAUGGAGUCCCUGGAGUCCGGGGGGACAAAGGAGAGGCCGGCUUCAUGGGUCCCCGGGGCCUCAAGGGUGAGCGUGGGGUGAAGGGGGCCUGCGGCCUCGAUGGAGAGAAGGGAGACAAGGGAGAAGCUGGUUUCCCAGGUCGCCCUGGGCUAGCGGGACGCAAAGGAGAGACGGGGGAGCCAGGCAUGCCCGGCCAAUCAGGGGCCUCUGGAAAGGAGGGCCUGAUCGGCCCCAAGGGCGACCGAGGCUUUGAUGGGCAGCUGGGACCCAAGGGUGACCAGGGCGAGAAAGGGGAUCGGGGACCCCCAGGAAUGGGGGGCUUCCCAGGCCCCCGGGGCACAGAUGGCUCUAGUGGUCCACCUGGGCCACCUGGCAGUGCUGGUCCCAAAGGUCCGGAAGGGCUUCAAGGCCAGAAGGGUGAGCGGGGACCCCCGGGAGAGAGUGUGGUGGGGGCCCCUGGAGCUCCUGGGACCCCGGGCGAAAGAGGGGAGCAGGGACGGCCGGGGCCCGCUGGUCCCCGAGGAGAGAAAGGAGAGGCCGCAUUGACCGAGGCUGACAUCCGGGGCUUUGUGCGGCAGGAGAUGAGUCAGCACUGUGCUUGCCAGGGCCAGUAUGUGGCGUCAGGAUCACGGCCCCUCCCUAGCUACGCCGCAGACACUGCUGGCCCCCAGCCCCAGCAUGUGCCCGUGCUCAGGGUCUCUCAUGCAGAGGUGGAAGGCCGGCUGCCCCCCGAGGAUGAUGAGUUCUCGGAAUACUCGGAGUAUGAGGUGGAGGGGUACGAGGACCUGGAAGAGGCUGCCUGGGAGAGUGCAGACCCCUGCUCGCUGCCACUGGACGAGGGCGCCUGUGCGGCCUACACUCUGCGCUGGUAUCACCGGGUAGGGGCAGGGGGCCCAGGAGCCUGCCGGCCCUUCGUCUACGGCGGCUGCGGGGGCAACGCCAACCGUUUUGGGACCCGCGAGGCUUGUGAGCACCGCUGCCUGCCUCGGGUGCUCCAGAGCCAGGGCGCAGGUGCCGAGGCGCAGACCGCAAACUGAUGUUCGUCCUGGAGGAGUCUUGGCCCCCUCCCCUUGGUGCUAGAGGCCUGUGUGCACGUGGGCGUGCGUGUGCAUGUGUCCGUUAUUUCAGGGACUCGGUCCCCGUGGGUGGGUCUGGCCUUGCCCCCUGUGGACAAACCCCCAUUGUGGUUCCUGCUCCCUGGCACUGACUCACUGUGGGGGUUGGCUAUGGCGGAGAGCGGACAUGACUGGCGUCUGACCCGCCCUGUGACCCAAGCCUGUGAUGACAUGGUGCUGAUUCUCGGUGGGGAGGGGGGGCAUUAAAGC